CCCAAGGGCAGCUGGAGGCAGUUGGGGAGCCUGGGCCCUGCGAGUUUAGCCAUGGUGCUCAACCUCCUCUCCCCGAACUUGUCCCGCCUGGGCCUGUGGGCUUCAGUAGUGAUCCUGAUAGUAAGCAUCCUCAAGCUCUUCAGCCUGCUGGUGCGGAGGCAGAAGCUGGCCAGGGCUCUGGACAGCUUCCCAGGGCCCCCUACACACUGGCUCUUUGGUCAUGCCCUUGAGAUACAGAAGUUGGGGAGCCUUGACAAGGUGGUAUCCUGGUCCCAAGAGUACCCCUAUGCCCAUCCACUCUGGCUUGGACAAUUCGUUGGUUUUCUGAACAUCUAUGAGCCUGACUAUGCCAAAGCUGUGUACAGCCGCGGAGACCCAAAAGCUCCAGAUGUUUAUGACUUCUUGCUCCAGUGGAUCGGGAAAGGCUUACUGGUUCUCGAUGGGCCCAAAUGGUUCCAGCACCGCAAGUUGCUCACACCUGGCUUCCACUAUGAUGUGCUGAAGCCCUACGUGGCCAUAUUUGCCGAGUCCACACAUCUCAUGCUGGACAAGUGGGAGAAAAAGGCUAGUGAAAAUAAGAGCUUUGACAUCUUCUGUGACGUAGGCCACAUGGCACUGGACACCCUCAUGAAGUGCACCUUUGGCAAAGGAGACAGCGGCCUAGGACACAGAGACAACAGCUACUAUACGGCAGUCAGUGAGCUCACACUGCUGGUGCAGCAGCGCAUUGAAUCCUUCCAGUACCACAAUGACUUCAUUUAUUGGCGCACUCCACAUGGCCGCCGCUUCCUGAAAGCCUGCCAGAUAGCCCAUGACCAUACAGAUCAGGUCAUCAAGCAGCGGAAGGCAGCCCUGCAGGAUGAGAAGGAGCAGAAAAAGAUCCAGCAGCGGAGACAUCUGGACUUCCUGGACAUUCUCCUGGGUGUUCGGGAUGAAAGUGGGCUCAAGAUGUCAGAUGCAGAUCUCAGGGCCGAAGUGGAUACAUUCAUGUUUGAAGGCCACGAUACCACCACUAGCGGUAUCUCUUGGUUUCUCUACUGCAUGGCCCUUUAUCCUGAGCACCAGCAGCGAUGUAGGGAGGAGAUCCGUGAGAUCCUAGGAGACAAGGACUCUUUCCAGUGGGAUGAUCUGGCCAAGAUGACCUACCUGACUAUGUGUAUGAAGGAGUGCUUCCGCCUUUACCCACCUGUGCCCCAGGUGUACCGCCAGCUCAACAAGCCAGUCACCUUUGUGGAUGGCCGCUCUCUGCCUGCAGGCAGCCUGAUCUCUAUGCACAUCUAUGCCCUCCACAGGAACAGUGCUGUGUGGCCUAACCCAGAGGUCUUUGACCCAUUGCGUUUUUCUCCUGAGAAUGUGUCAGGACGCCACCCCUUUGCCUACAUGCCUUUUUCUGCGGGACCCAGGAACUGCAUUGGGCAGCAGUUUGCCAUGAGCGAGAUGAAGGUGGUCACAGCCCUGUGUUUGCUGCGUUUUGAAUUCUCUCUGGAUCCCUCAAAGCUGCCCAUCAAACUUCCCCAGUUGGUCCUGCGCUCCAAAAAUGGCAUCCACCUCCACCUCAAGUCACUGGGCUCUGGGAAAUAGGUCUUUGGAGAUCACGGCUUGGACAGCACAGGCUGUGGCUUUUCUUGGGACGUUGUCCUCCUAGAUUGAGUGUGGAGUCAUCAUGGAUCCCAGCUUUUGGGGGCUUAAAGAUGUGAAAGCUCUGGGACCGACAGUCUCACGGAAGGCAGUCCCUUGGAAACACAUGUGUCUAAUGACUCAAUGCCUGAACUCUGGAGUUUAUUUCUUCACUCAACAAACAUUUGUUGAACAUUUGGCUGUCACAAAAAGCUUAAUUUCUUUCUCAUAACUGUAUGUCUUUCUAAAACAAACAAACAAAAAAAAUCAGAAUCAUACAUCCCAAGCCUUGAAAAAUCUUAGUGAAGACAAUGGCAGUGUUGUCUUGAGAUCUGUGGAGGAGGGAUGUGAAGGAGGGAUGGCUGGAUAGAAUGUGGCUCUUCAUUGAUGUGUAUGUCUUUAUCUGCUUCUGUGUGUGUUUGGAAUAUAAUGGAAAAAAAAGAAAAGUUGAUUCAACUGAAUCUGUACAAAAUAAAGAAUAAUUGUAAAAUCAAACUCCCACCACCAAAGUGACAGAACAGGAAUGGUGUCUUUGCUGGUUUGACGUCUUCCUUGGGACAUCUCUGUGGGACUCUUGUCAUUCCUAACAGUGGUGUUUCAGAGCACAGUCACACAGUGCUCUGGCCUUCACAGUAUUUCUAGGGAAGGUGCUUCAGUAGCAUUAAGGUGGAAUCCUGGGAAAAAGGGAACUCCUUUCUAUAAGGCAUAACUGUGCAAAGAACUUUUGGGGUGAAGGCCAGGGUGGGGCCCACGUGAUGAUUGAAUGUUUUUCCCUGGCAGUCCCUACAGCAGCAUCUUGAUGGCUAUUGGAACCUAUAUCUCUAGGGUUUAAGGUCUAAGGUCAGUAGGGGGUUCUACUCCAGGAAUUAGCUUCAUAGGGAAAGAAGGACACUAAAAUCUAGGAUCAUAGGCAGGAGCUAGGAAUUUUGUCCCUGAUACUUGGUGAAGUCUCUAGGGCAACUGUAUUCAAUGGGUGUGGAGGGUUUCUAAUGACACUUUUAAUUGGUUGGCUAAGAGCAUUGGAAACAUAGAUGUUCACAUUAUGAUUCAUAACAAUAGCAAAAUGACAGUUUAUGGUUGGGGGUCACAGCAACAUGAAGAACUCUAUUUAAGGGUUGUAGCAUUAGGAAGAUUGAGAACUACUGCUUUAGGGUGUCCUGGGUUAUGUGCCAUAUACUUUCUUACUAUCAAUCCUUUCCCAUUGAAAGAAGGCUACAUCUUGGCAAUCUGCCCCAGGACACUUGCUAAAUCCUAUCAAGCCACAUCAAGACACUCAAAGAUGAGAUGCAAAGGUUCUUGUAUACUGUGCCUGUUGGCU